AUGUGGAUUAGAUUGGCACGUUUUGGGGUGGAUUGGGUACUGAUCUUAGGUACGGAAAGUCUAAAUAAGAAAGUCAUUCGUCCGCAUGGACAAUGCAAGAAACCGAAGAAGUACAGACAGAUAUCCAUUUCUGCUUCCAGAUCCAAUUUGAAGUACGCAGAAAUCGGUUUCCAUGACAACUAA